GUGAGUGUACGAAUAUUUCCGGCAGCCACAGCUGCUCUUGUUAUCUGUCGUCAAGCCUCUAAAUAAUCGUGUUGAAGUUUGUUAGGACACAAAUCAUGCCGGGCGGAGCAGGUCGUGCGAACAAGCACAAUAACUACAAAUCGUUGCCAUUUGCAGGCUCCCGCAGGUCCAGCUUCGACAAUCCCUCAGAGAACUAUGGCUCAGAGUCCGAGCCAUUUUUGGACAAGCAACCUGCCUCACGCAGGUCGAGCAAGAGUGGCCGCGUACGGGAGAAGGGAGGACUGGAAGUGGAGGAAGCGGAAAACAACAGGAGGAAUGUUGACACGAGUUUGCUAUACGAUCUGCGCCUCAGCAAGUCUUUCACCGAGGAGAAGAUCACGCGCGACCUGCAGCGGGAGCGCACGCACUGCGAGCGGGAGAUACGCCUGGUCCGUCUGGUGCUUGCCAUGUCGGCCGCCGUGUUUCCAGUGUGCCUGCCACACAUGUGGCACCUGACCGGGGCCAACUCGGUGUACUGCUGGGAGGAAGUUUUCAAGAUGAAGGGUUUGUACCAGGACCAAAUUCCGGAGGAACUGGCUUUUCCCGCCGUGCUGGAGUUUUCGGCCUCGAUUUGCACCAUCAUGCUCUUUUUCGCCACGCACUACAUAAUUCACUCGGGGCGCAUAAAGAGCAAAAAAGCCACGACCGAACUGGAAGAUUUCGCUCACCGUGUUUCUGACCGCAGACGCACCACUGAGAGUCACCCUGUAACAAGAACGGAAAACAACAAACGGAACAUCAAUGUCAGUCGCAACAGUCAGAAGCAACAGCAUAAGGGUCUAUUCGACCGCGUGACGCAGACGUUGGACGAAACCAGCGUGCGGAAUAAGUCGCUACUCGAAGACAAAGAAAAUCCACCCAAGCGGUGGUCCGCAAACAACCUGUCCCGCCUGUUCACGCUGUUGGUGAUCGCGACGACGUUUGCUGUUUUAGGAUUCUGCACCAACAUCAUCUCGCGGAUGCAACUGACUUCAGUGAAGAGUAGGUUCGAGGCCAUGCGCCUGGUGAACAUGGGACAGCUGAACCAGCCCUGUUUCAAUUCGGGGUACCUGAUGGGCUCGUUGCUCAUCUACUUCGUCUUCCUCAUCGUCCUGGGGAUUUUGCUGUACAUGACGCACUCGCUGAAGGAACGGCUGCGGAUUUGCGAAAAACAGGAGGGCAAGCAGGAACGCGCACGGCAGCGGUUGGCCCAGGUGCUGGAGGAACAGGAACAAAGGCUGCAGGAGCGCAUGACCAUUCUCGCAACUGGAACAACCGACGAGAGUGAUCUUGCAGCGGGAUCAAAAGAGGCGUCAACGACCCCUGAUGCCGGAGGUGAUGUCGCGAAGCGGAAUGAGGAGGUCAGAAUUCGGGUCGGUCCAGACCGAGGUGCGUGUUCAUUUUCAGGCGCCGAGGACGGCGAAAAAGACCGCCGACGGAAAAGGAAAUGGAAAAACGAACAAAAUCAUGAGCUACUGCUGCAAGAACGACCGAAGAGGCUCUCUCGCACGGCAUCGCAGACACCAACCGGAGGCGGAACGACAAACACUUUGAAAGGUAGAGCCGUCGGGUACAACGACAACGUUCCGCGGUCGCGGAGUUCCCGCCGGAGUUGCUCCUCGCCAGCGACAACCAGCUCACCCAAAAGUUUUCGCCGCAAUGAAGGAAGAGAAUCGCCUGCAGGGGCUCGAAAGCCGCGCAGUGGAGGCGCCCCGGUGAAAAAUAAGCUAGGGGACCAUGACGCCACUGGUGCGAAGCACGGAUAUCCUUUGCAGCCUUCUCGCGACAGGGGCAGAUCGUCUAAAAACCUGGGAAACAGUAGAAGCAGGGAGCAGUCGCGCGCAUCGUCGUCCAGCAUCACUUCCCAGUCGAUUUCCAGUUUGUCUUCUGACCUCUCGUCGAUUUCUGACGCAAGCUCUGCGUUUGACCGACGGCGGGAGACGAGUGUUCCGCGUGUUGUGCCGACAGGCACGAGCAAUGCGGGCGCAGCUGGACCACAGAAAAAAGCCGCCGAUUGGUUCGCGCAAAGUCGUGCGCUUCCAAGAACAAACGCAGGAGUGGUUCCGCACCAGCCUAGCGCUAAUCGGGCGGCAAACGAAGCUUCUGGUGGCAAUGAUCCCGCGUCAAGUACUCGCCGCACAUCCCUUGUCCGGGGGAUGGGAAGCUUGUGGUGACGAGAACGCGGUGAAAUGUGGAAGUUUUUCGCGCGGCGCCUUCAGAGACGGAAACACGUAGCUUACUUCCGACUGACCUCAACCUUUUUUUCAUACGCGACAUCUAGUACGACUACGGGAAUAAUCAAAAUUGUGCGACGUAAGUAAGAAUGAACAAGAACAGACACACACAUUUUUAAAGCGUUUUCUUGUUUGGUAGUUGCCGAUUUUGAACAUUGGGUUUCGACGCGAAGAGUUGUGGUAGCCUCCACGAUCUUUGUGCCGGGUGGAAGACAGCACCGCAAAUGUAGAGAACGAGACCGGUCUCGUUUUUCAUAUCUUUCCAUAAAUGAAUUUGCGCUCCCUCGCCUUUUUGUGCACCAAGAAGUUUUGAAUGUGAGGAAAUUAAGACUGCAUGCUAGGG